AUGUUGUUAAUUUGGUUGAUGCAUUUCGAUUAUAGAUGGUGUUGGAGAAAAAGCAUUCCAUUUUUUAAUUAUUUUUGGAUUUUGACUGCGGCUAUAAAAUUUUUGCAAUUAAUUCAAUGUUUAAAUUAAUACCGAAACAUUAUAUUAAUAAUUUAAGCAGUUCUUGCAAUGAAAUUACACCUUGCAAUAAUGAGGAAGAAAAAUGAAAGGAAUAUUGAAUAAUAUAAAAAAAGAAUAGAUGUAACAAGAGAAAUGACAUAAUGGAUAUAAAAAAAAGUGUUAAAGACUAUAACUGGAAAAAGUGCAUUUCUUUUUUCAUGUUUAGAUAUAUUUUGGAUAUAUGAGGAUUUAUUUGCAUUUUUAACAGUAGCUCCAGUAAUUUUGAUUUUAGGGAUAUAUGCAAUAAUAAAAAUAUCAGCACUUGUUCUAAGUUGGGCAUAUCCAGAAUUGUAUAUAAAGAUAAAUAGAAAAUUAGAUUGA